AUGAUGCCGGUAACUGGUUUGAUUCAGAGCUCAAUGAUUUGGAAGACUGUGAUCUUGGGGGGAAAUCUCCUUCUCCAGCUGCUGAAAUCUCAGCUUAUUUUGGAUGAUGUCAAACGAGCCGGUGCUGCGAUUUGUACUCGAAUCGAGUUUACAAACUUCAAGUGUGACUCUUUGGAUAAGGACUUUUGCGAAUUUGAAUAUUGCACCAUAAAAGCAAUUAAUCGGACCUAUAAGUAUGUUACGACAAAAAUCAGACUCUACCAAGUUCCCGUUACCGAAGUAAAGGUGAACCUUAGACUCUACAAGCGGUUUAGUGGUUAUCGGCCCUUUCUGUACAAUAUAACUGUGGAUGCGUGUCAAUUUAUGAAGAACAAGAAGUCCAAUCCAGUGAUGAACUUCUUUUACGACUUCAUUAUGAGUACAUCCAACAUAAAUCAUACCUGUCCCUUCGAUCACGAUCUUGUUGUGGACAAGCUUUCAACGGAGAUUGUAAAUCACCGAUUCACGAAUAUUCUACCUUUUCCUGAGGGGGGUUACAUGGUUGAGAUGCACUGGAUAGCCUAUGACAUAACCCGCGCAGUGGUUAAGGUUAACUUUGGAUUCUACCAACUGGUCAAUGGGUACAGUCCGUUUCUAUACAACAUAGCCGUAGAUGGUUGCAAAUUUUUCCAUAGACAGAAAAUCAAUCCGGUCUAAUAAAUACUUCUAUAACCUGAUCAAGCAUGUCAGCAACUUGAAUCAUUCCUGUCCCUAUAAUCAUGACUUUAUUGUGCAUAAGUUCUCAUCUGAGAUGGUUAAUGGCCGACUUUCGAAAAAUCUUCCCAUUCCGGAAGGGAUUUACCUGUUUGAGGUGCAUUGGAUCGCCAAUAAUUAACAUCGUGC